CAGUGCGCGUAGUGACCGCACGUCUGUUGGGCCGUAGUGGUCCACGCUCGAUGAAUGGGCAAAGUAGGACUGGCGACGUAAUCCGCGUCACGUCAUUGUCGGCUGGAGCCUCCGGUUGCGCUAACGAGCACCUGUCAAGGGCGAAAUAUUAAUUUGUCAAAAACCAAGGAACCGGCAGUCGAACAGCAACAUAGCAGAAGGGAAAUGAAUCCAAAGGACGUUGCGGGGACCGAAUCAUGCAGCAGUUCGGUUUUUGUGCACAACCCACACCUGGAAGAAAUGAAAGAUGACACCCUCUACCACUUUGGUUUUGGAACCAGAACUCACAACCUACCAGCUAUGUUUGGUGAUGUCAAAUUUGUGUGUGUGGGGGGCAGUCCUUGGAGAAUGAAAUCAUUCAUUGAGUACAUUGCUGCCGAGCUCCGUUUGGAAGAUCCCAAAUCAGAGUACCCAAACAUCUGUGCUGGAACGGACCGCUAUGCUAUGUACAAAGUUGGCCCCGUACUGUCCGUCAGCCAUGGGAUGGGAAUCCCAUCUAUUGCCAUAAUGUUGCAUGAGCUGAUAAAGCUCCUCCAUCACGCUUGUUGCACCGAUGUCACAAUCUUUCGCAUUGGAACAUCAGGUGGAAUAGGCCUCGAGCCCGGCACAGUUGUUGUGACCAAGCAGUCGUUGGAUGCCACCUUCCUGCCCAAGUUUGAGCAGGUGAUCUUGGGGAAGACGGUGGUGCGCAAUACUGAUCUCGACCCAAGCCUGGCCGAGGAGCUGUUACGCUGCAGCAAGGAGCUGGACCAGUUUGAGACCGUGGCAGGCAACACCAUGUGUACACUGGAUUUCUAUGAAGGCCAAGCCCGUCUGGAUGGGGCCUUCUGCUCCUACAGCUUGAAGGACAAACAGGAUUACCUCAAUAAAGCCAGUGAAGCAGGAGUCUGCAAUAUAGAAAUGGAGUCAUCUGUUUUUGCUGCUAUGUGUAAGCUGAGUGGUCUACGAGCGGCUGUGGUCUGCGUGACAUUACUGGAUCGGCUGAAUGGGGAUCAACUGAACGUCGCUCCAGAAAUUCUUCACGGCUACCAACAACGUCCCCAGAUUCUGGUUGGCCACUACAUUCAGAAGCAGUUGAAGAAAAAAGCACUCCGUAGCUAAGUGCAACUGUUGUUACGUUGUUGUGCAAGCAGCCAUCACAUUUCUUGUAAACAUUAUUUCUUUCUGAUCAAUAGCCAUAUCUAUUAUACCUCCAUUAUCCGCUGAAGGUUGAAAUUACAUACGAACUUAAAUAUCUUUUGGCUCUGUCUUAAUACAUUAUAGGUUUUGCCCUCUAAGAGCUGUCCCUAUAGCAUUCAUAUGCAUGCUCAGAUUUUUGUUUUCUUACCCACCCUUAAGCUUUGUCCGGGUCCCCCUUGUGUGCACUUGCCAAAUAUUACAGCUCCGCAAUUGUAGUUUUGCUCCAAUUGUUUCCAGAGUGUCAAUUGGUCAUCAGGUGUAACGGUUAUAAAGCGGUCGAGCGAUUGUAGAAUUGGCUACUUUGUCUUGCCUGACCUUCAUCCCAGCGGAGCAGUGGAGGCUGAUGAUGAUGAGGUGGAGGAGUAGGAGGAGCAGGAGGAGCGCCUCUUGUAGGUUUAUCUCUGUCCACAUUGUGGCCAGGAGUCCUGAUGCAGUGGAUCUCUCCUACUCCAGAUCAGCUCCACGCUGUUGUGGUGACCAGCCGCCCCACUAACAAUGUUAUCAGUGACUGUGACAUCAGACACACAACCACCCUUUUUUCUACUUUUCCACUAAAGAGCAGUUUCUGCUUAUUGUUCGAGCAGUUUUCUUUACAAAACAGAGGCUUGAUGCUUUCUUUUUAAAACUUAAAUACAAUUUACAAACAGCUGUCAUGUAGCAACAUGGCACAUCUGAUCAUGUUAAAGACUGCCUUUGUUUUAUACAAUAUGUAAAGCUUAUAUCCAUAAAACAUGAUUUCAGUUAGGACUUUUUGCAAGAUGAUGUUGUAACGAAAUUACCUUGAACUGUCAUUAGUGUUGAAUGAAGACUGAAAAAAUGACUGAUAAAUGUUUGCCCUUUUGA